AUGAAGAUUUAUAACUAUCUUGUCGUGGGCAUUUUUGGCCCUCUAGCCCUUGCUCAGUCUCUAUGUGACCAGUACGGCUACUAUGCCCAGGCAGGCUAUUACUUCAAUAACAACCGCUGGGGCCAGGGAUCCGGCCAGGGCUCGCAAUGCCUAACCGUGAGCUGGGCCAACAGCGAUGGUGUUGGUUGGAAAACGGAUUGGACGUGGUCAGGCAGCCCCAACAAUGUCAAGUCCUACCCGUACUCGGGAAUCACCAUGUCCAAUAAGCUUCUGGUUAGCCAAAUUGGCUACUUGGGAACAUCUGCCAGCUGGCAGUACAGUAAUACCAAUAUCCGCGCCAACGUCGCGUACGACCUCUUCACUGCGGCGGACCCGAGACACGACCCUAGCAGUGGUGAUUAUGAACUAAUGAUUUGGCUCGGAAGGUUUGGGGACAUCCAGCCCAUUGGAAGCUCGCAAGGCAGAGUCACAGUGGGAAGCCGCAGUUGGGAUCUGUGGUAUGGGGUCAAUAACGGGAUGAGAAUCUACAGUUUCGUGGCUUCCAGCCCUAUUUCACAGUUCAACGAGGACGUCAAGCCCUUUUUCACCUAUCUUCAAAACUCGAAGGGGUUCCCUGCCAGCAGCCAGUACCUUAUAACCUUUCAGUUUGGCACGGAACCUUUCACGGGUGGCCCGACCACGUUCACCGUCUCCAAUUGGAACGCCAAGGUGAACUGA